AUGGCAAUAGAAUUUUUAGUAAAUCGAUUGAAAGCACUCGUCGUAUUUCUUUUGGGAGUAUUUCGGCGAGCAAUGUGCUGUUUUCGACGUCGAAGAAGAUCAUCCUGUGAUUCUAUUCCCUUAUCUGCUAUUGGCGUAGUACCGAACACCUUAAACACAACACAACCAGAAUUAGAGCACUGGGAUCAAUGGGAGGAAAAUCCUGUCGUGAUCGUGUCAGAUAGGCCAGUUGACACAAUACAAGCAAAGAUUGAACAAUAUAGACAGCAAGCAUCUAAACCACCAGAAUCUACAGAAGAACAACAACCAGAUUUUUUUGAAAAUAUGACACCAAAGAUCACUGCACAGACAAAAAUUUUAAUUAAAGAUAAAAGUUUAGAGAAUACAUCCUGGAAUUCAACAAAAUUUGCUGUGAUCAAUGAUCCUAUACCAUCUAAUGAAUUAGGAGAAUGGGAAGACAAUGCUGUUGGCUGGGAGGAAGAAACAACAAAAGAAUUUGGAGAUCCCACAAAAACAUUGAGGGAACAAAAACGAAGAGAAAGAGAACAACGACUAUUUGAACAGCAACAAAAGAGAAUCGAACGCAGUUCAAGACCACAACCAUUAGGAGCAAAAUUAAACUCUUGAUGAGAAGGAAGAAUAGUUGCAAAAAUUUGUAUUGAAAAUGAUAAUUUUUCUUUUAAUGAUGUUCAUGCACAAAUAUUCUUUUCUCUAUAGCAUGGAACGUCGAUUAAAAAUAAGAAAAAUCAAAGAUUAUUUAUAUAUUACAAAUUAUUAUUUUAUAUUUUUUAAAAUUAGCCAAAUUUCAUUCUAUAUGGGAAAGCAUAUCGCGAAGAUAUUUUGUUUCAAACAUACAAAUUUAUAUUUUAUAAGUUUAUAGUGAAAUUAAUUUCUUAUUUUCAAAUUAUUUAAUUAAAUUACUAAAUGGUAUUUAAUACAUUAAAAAAUAUUGAAUGGAAACCAAAAGAAUUUAUUUGCAUAAUAUGUAUGCAAAAAUAAUGAACUAAUUUCCAUUGAAAAGAAUGAUAAUAUUGUUGUUUUUAUUGUUGAAAUUAUUUUAUUGUUAAAAUAUUUCUAAUAGCUAAAGACAUUCCAUGUAAAUAACCUUUUAAUAUCAUAUAAAAGCUGAUUUUUUACAAUCAAAUCUGACUAUUUUUUAAAGGCUGAUCAUAAAAUCUUAUAACUAAUUUCUAUAAAUAUUAUUUUAUCUAUAUGAUUAAUUUCUUAAUCAUACUGAUGUAAUGUCCAAAACAUGUCCAUUGAAUUUGUAGUGAAUCAAAAUAAAUCAUAUUAUUAAA